AAUAAAAGAAAAAGAAAACUAUAAAACUAGAGCUCUCCCUCUUCUCUCUCUACAUAUAUAAAUAUUAUAUUUCCUUCCGAUCACUCUGUCUGUACCUCACCUCUGAAUUUUCGAUUUUCCGAGCUCACUGUAAAGCUGAUAUGGUCCCUAUAUUCUGCAGACAUAUAGUUAUUUGAAUCUGUUUUUCUGCUUUAUGUUAAGUUCUUUCUGGAUUUGAGAUGGGUUUCUCUUUAAAAGGUCUGUUGGUUGGAUAAAAAGUAGUGUAGAAGAAGAAGAAGAACAAAAAUGUCUUGGAAGAGCAAAGGAGAGCUGCCUUCGAGAAGCGUUGUGUCCCAGAAAUGGACCCUUUUUCUUUGUAUCGGAAGCUUUUGUGUCGGAAUGCUCUUCACUAACAAAAUGUGGGCAGUACCUGAAACCAAAGGUUUUACAAGGAUAAACAGCGUGGAAGAUGAAAAGCUAAAGUUAAUUUCAGAGGGUUGUGAUCCAAGUUUUAAGGAUGUAAAGCGUGAAUCCAAGGACAUUAUAGGGGAAGUAUCAAAGACUCAUUAUGCCAUGCAAACACUGGAUAAAACAAUUUCAAACUUAGAGGUGGAAUUAGCUGCUGCAAGGGCUGCACAGGAAUCUAUACUAAAUGGUUCUCCAAUAUCUGAGAACCUGAAGGUUACUGAAUCAACAGAGAAAAGAAAAUAUUUUAUGGUCAUAGGAAUUAAUACUGCUUUUAGCAGCCGGAAACGAAGAGAUUCAGUUCGUGCCACCUGGAUGCCACAAGGUGAAAAAAGAAAGAAGCUUGAGGAAGAGAAGGGUGUCGUCAUUCGUUUCAUUAUUGGUCACAGUGCUACAUCUGGUGGCAUUUUGGAUAAAGCUAUCGAAGCAGAGGAUAGAAAGCACGGAGACUUCCUGAGGCUGGAACAUGUUGAAGGGUACCUUGAGUUGUCUGCUAAGACAAAGACAUAUUUUACUACUGCUGUUGCUCUGUGGGAUGCGGAUUUCUACAUCAAAGUUGAUGAUGAUGUCCAUGUAAAUAUAGCAACACUGGGGAUGACUUUAGCUAGACACAGGUCAAAGCCCCGUGUCUAUAUUGGAUGCAUGAAAUCUGGUCCUGUCCUUGCUCAAAAGGGAGUAAGGUACCAUGAACCUGAAUAUUGGAAAUUUGGGGAGCAGGGGAAUAAGUAUUUUCGGCAUGCUACUGGUCAGCUGUAUGCGAUUUCAAAAGAUUUGGCUACUUACAUUUCAAUAAACCAGCAUGUGCUGCACAAGUAUGCUAAUGAAGAUGUUUCACUAGGAGCUUGGUUUAUUGGCGUAGAUGUCGAGCACAUUGAUGAUAGGAGAUUAUGUUGUGGCACCCCACCUGAUUGUGAGUGGAAGGCUCAGGCAGGCAAUGUAUGUGCUGCUUCAUUUGAUUGGAGCUGCAGUGGGAUUUGCAGAUCUGCUGAAAGAAUCAAGGAGGUUCAUCAGCGGUGCGGGGAAGGUGAGAAGGCUCUAUGGAGUGCAGUCUUCUGAGCAGUUUGGAAUCCUUCCAAACUCUGGAAGGACAAGCUUGAGAAAGCAAGAAGAUGGUACUAGUCUUCUGGUUUAUGUAUGUAGUUGGUAUAGGAAAUGUACGCAUAUCAAAAUGUAAAAUUAUAGUGAGAAAGUGAGGCCUUGCUGUUGGGGGCCCUUCUCCAUUUUAGAAGAGGAGAUCUGCUCCUAUAGAAGAGGAAGGGAAGGAAGAUAAAAAGUCACUACCCAUUCUUUAGCUUGGAGGGCCAUUUUGUAAGUUAUGUCUGUCAUGGCUACUGAGCUUCAUAAUAAGUGCCAUUCCUUACAUCAGCUUUUGCUGCCUUUUGUUUCAUAAAUUAAUGGAUCUUGUCUUGGUCUUUGAUGGGCUUUGGCUGCUUUUCAUAAUUGUAACUAAGAUGACGGAGAUGCUCACUUUCGAUGGUUUCUUUUCUUCAGUCUGAAGCUACAUUAAGUCAAAUUGGAUGUCUCAUGAAUCAUUUGCCUCA